ACAAGGUCGUCCUUCUUUGACCUUUGAUUUGUCAAAUCUUAACGUAAACAAUAACAAAUAAACAAACAAUGGAGAUGACAGUUGGGUAACCUCAAUGACUCAUUUUCAUCAGCUGCUUCUUUAAGUUAUUUAAAAUGAUCUGAUAUUUAUUUACAGAAAAUCUCCCCAAUGCGGCAUAUUCACAAAUUAAAGUUGAUCACUUUCGACAUCACUGACACGCUUCUCUCCUUCCGAAAGGCGCCUGGUCAAUAUUAUGCAGACAUUGCAACUAAGUAUGAUAUUAAAUGCGAUGGCAUCGAGCUGUCCAAAAAUUUCCGAACCCACUUCAAAGACAUGACCAAGACUCACCCGAACUACGGACUAACGACUGGCCUAGGCUGGGAAAGGUGGUGGAAAGAGUUGAUAACAAAAACGUUUAAGCAAUCCGACCCGACGAUUGAUUUCCAGAAGCUAGACACUAUUUCAGCCAAUUUAAUAAAUGACUAUAAGACUUUUAUGUGCUGGAAGCAUUGCAAAGGCGCUCUGGAUUUACUGUCGUACUUGAAACAUAAAGGUUUUACUUUAGGUGUCAUAUCGAACUUUGAUCCUCGUUUAGACGAGACUCUAGAAAAUGCACAUCUUAGACAUUAUUUUAAAUUUAUCGUAUCUUCGUACAAUGUUGGAGUUGAGAAACCACAUUCUGAAAUUUUCGAAGCAGCAAUGAAAUGUUCUAAUAUCAAGUCGUUAUCUUCAGAUGAAUGUCUUCAUGUUGGAGAUUCAUAUUUGUUAGAUUAUGAAGGUGCCAGAAACGCCGGAUGGAAUGCAGCUCUCAUUGAUACAAAGAAUCAGUAUGGAAACGUCGACUACACAUUUCUAUCGUUAUUUGAGCUUCAUCAGUAUGUCGCUAAAGGAGACAAGAUACUCGCAGAGACCUCGUAACUAAGCAGAAUUAGGUGCACUGCACCAAUAGACUUAUUCUAAGCUAACAUGAUAAUUGUUUGUUAUACCUGAAUUGAUUUAUGUAAAUAAAAGUUUAUUAUGUCUGUA